CCUUAGCUUUUGUGCGACUGUACCUAAUGUUGUGGCCAGUGAGUGAACAGUGCCUGCUGUUUAAGUGUAGAUCCAUAUGGCCGUUUGUUUACAAAAAAUGCAGUUUAAGAAUCAUGGAGCAUGUUGUUGUACUUCAUGUGCCACUUUGAUGAUACUCGCUGGUCCAGUUUCUCUUCGGAGUGCUCUCAAAGUUUGUCCACCCCCUACACCCCAAAAAAGAAGAAAAACCCCCCAGCUGAUUAUGAAUGGGUGUUCUCCCUCUCCGACAAAAUAAACCAAAUAUUUUUACGCUAUCCCCGUGUCCUCGCCGGUGUAAAUGAAAGUUUGUUUUCAUGAAUUAUGCGAGUAAAACGUCAAUGAGCAUUGUUUGCCGGUUAAGGCGCGUGGCUCCGCCCCCCGGUGUUUGUCAUAAACCUGGCUCCUGGCUCCAAUAAACCCGGGCUAAGAGCGCCCUGGGCUCGCCUCCUUCUCCAAGGCGAUCAAUAGGAUCUCAGGCGCACUCCAAGCCCUCUCUUACGUAGACACCCAACAAGGAGAGAGCCGAUACAACAACACGCUUGAUCUGCUGCAACACCCCCCCCCAAAAAAAUCUACCUGCUUUCUGAAUCAUGUCGUUGAGCCCAAAGCAUACAACGCCUUUUUCCGUGACAGAUAUUUUGAGCCCAAUCGAGGAGACCUACAAGAAGUUUAGUGCCAUGGACGGCGCGGGGAACCUGAGCUCUCCGCUGGGAGCCUACCGGCAGCCGCAAGUGUCUCAGGGCGGCAUGCAGCAGCACUCCAUGGGCCACAACGGCGGCGUGGCGGCAGCCUACCACAUGCCGCACUCGGUGUCCCAGUUCUCCCACAGCGCCAUGGGGGGAUAUUGCAAUGGAAGCAUUGGCAACAUGGGCGAGUUGCCGUCCUACCAGGAGAGCAUGAGGAAUAGUGCUGCUGCAGCAACAGGCUGGUACAGCACCAACGCUGACCCCAGAUAUUCCACCAUUUCUAGAUUCAUGGGACCUUCCACAGGUAUGAACAUGGCGGCCAUGGGGGGUCUGACGGGAAUGGCGGACGCCUCCAAAUCCAUGCCGGCCCUGCACGCCGCGCCCAGGAGGAAGCGGCGAGUUCUCUUCUCGCAGGCUCAGGUCUACGAGUUGGAGAGGAGGUUCAAGCAGCAAAAGUACCUGUCGGCGCCGGAGAGGGAGCACCUGGCGAGCAUGAUCCACCUGACGCCGACCCAGGUGAAGAUCUGGUUCCAGAACCAUCGAUACAAGAUGAAGCGCCAGGCCAAGGACAAGGCGGCGCAGCAGAUGCAACAACAACAACAGCAGCAGCAACAACAACAGCAACAGGACGGGACCAUGUGCCAACAGCAGGCCCAGUCCCCGAGGCGCGUAGCCGUACCGGUUCUGGUCAAGGACGGCAAACCGUGUCAGAACGCCUCCAACACGCCGACGCCGAACCAACAAGCCGUGCAACAGAAUCAACAGAGCCAACAGCAGAAUGGGGCCGUGGUGGUGCUCGGCCAGCACCAGAACCAACAGCAAGUAAACGAUUUGGACCUGGAGGAGAUGUCGCCCAGCCCCCCCUCCCUGCACAGCCAGCUCAGCAUGGCCCAAAUAGACACUUCUGCUGUAGAUUACGCCACUAAUAUGGUCAGCUCGAACCUCCUAUACGGCAGAACGUGGUAGGACCCAGUGCAGUCACUUUUUUUUUCUAUCAACCUGCGGAUGAUGAGCCCGUUCCACACACGCGUAUAGACGCAAAAUACAAUAUACGGUCGGGAAGAAGGCAAAAGUGGGGGCCGCCGCCCCGGGCCACGCGCACGCGACUACCAGCUGAUCAAGGCACAUUUUCUUGACAUCUCUAAAGAAGGGAGUCUAUUUUGGAACAUUACACACAUGGCUGGCCCUUGAAGAGCAAUCAAGACGCUUGGACCCCUUUUGUAAUCUUUUGGACCUCCUUCGUGAUGUUUUAAUGUUAGUAUGUUUGGGGGCGGGGUGGGGGUCGGGGUGGGGGUGGGGGUUUGGGGGGGCGGUGCGGGCGGACAGAAGUCGAUAAAGAGAGCCGAAGUCACCAACAUGGAAAUUUUGUCAUAUGGAUAUUGUUAAUCUAAUGUAUUGAAUUAGAAUUCUUCAACGACUUGUACAUUUGGCUAACACAAGAAUACGUUUAAUUGUAUAAUAAUCGUUAUUUGCGUCCACUUUUAUGUUUUCUUUAUUCUUUUGUAAGUUAAAACGAUCAAAUGGAGCUGCUGUAUAUGUUUCAAACCCAAGUGAACAAUGAGAAUAAAUAACUUGAAGUGUGA